GCCCCAUUUUGAGCCCAGCAAGAGUUAGAUCGAGCCAUGGCGGCAACCGAGGCCUCAGCGACAGCAAUAUCAAGAGAAAAUCUCCAGCGAGCAGAGGCUAUCCUGAGGAGCAUUGUGGCGGACCUGGAGCGGCCUCAGGAGCUGGACCAAGCUCUGACGGAGGAGGAGAGGGAGAGCCUGGGAACAUUACAGAGUAUGCUGGACAUUGUUCAGAGUCCACUCUUUACUGCUGUGGUGGACAUCACUGAGAAAUGCAAGAAGACGAUAGCAGAGUCAGAGAGUUGGAACGAGGCAGCUGAUGUGAAGGCAACAGCAGAAGACGUGGUAGUGGCACAGUUUAAAGAGAGAUACAGGAUCCCAAGUGUCAGUAGAAGCUCCUCAGGAACUCCAGAUGCCAACAACCUUCUUGACGACACCACAAUCAUCUCCCCCUCUGACAACCCUGACCCCCUCGUUGGGGCUAAUCAUGAUCAUCACCAUGCCAGUGCCUCAGCUCUCAACAGAGAUCUGCCACAGAGGUCUCCGUCGAUGAGCAGCUGUGACAGUGUCAGCAGUGGGGGCAGCAGGAGGAACAGAGGAAAAAGAACAGGCAAAGGGCUGACCCUGGCUCACCUGGCAAGGGAGUCAGUCCAACCUCACGGAGAUGGUAUCCCUCUCAAGACUCUCCCUGGGUCACCAGCAACAGUAGCUCAGGAGAUCAACAGAGACGUCUCUCUCUCCUCGUUGUCGUCAUGUGAAGCCAGCUCUCCUCCUCCUCUCCCUCCCUCACUGCCACCUGAUGACUUCUUGUUCUCAACCACACCUCCCUCUCAAUCACCUACCACCGAUGAUCAGGGGGAGAGGCAAGAUGACGGAGAGGGUGUCCAGACGAAGGACCUUCUGUUCUUUAUGAGAGACGAGGAGAGUAUGAAAGACGUUAGAUCUACACUGAGUGGUAGGUGGGGACGCAAUCCACGAGAAGUCCAACUCCUGUCUUCUCCAUCAGCCUCCAGCUCUGUUGGAAUAGAACUCUGUGGACUCAGCGCCACUGGUGUCUUUGUUUUGGAUGUGACAUUGCCGUCACUGGAAGACAGGCUACAAGAUGGAGACCAAGUACUGGAAGUCAAUGGUCAAUCUGUCGAAAACAUGGCUUGGUUUGAGGUGAAACAACUGAUUCUAAAGUCUUUUUCUGGAGCACAAGUUCCUCAACGGGAGUCAAGUGAUGGAGAUAGUCAUGCAGAGGAGCAAGAGCUAGAGAGACUUGGCGGAGGGACUUGCAAACUACUAGUCCUAUACAACCCAGCAGGUUUGGGUGAAGUCAAGCGAAUGGAAACAAGGACAAGGACUUGACAGUCACAUGAUUACGUAACAUUACACGCACACUUUUGACUGUUCCUCUCAUGAUAUAAUAUAGCAACAGUACAAUUUUGAUACACUGAACAUGCUUCUCACACACUACUUUGGCUAACACUCACGAAAAAGCACUAUAUUAACUUCCUUUUGUACUGCAGUUUAAAGGUAAUGGU